AUGGCAACAUCCUCCUCCUCAUUAUUAUUACUUUCUUCACAACAACAAAAUAUUAAUUAUUUUAAAAUUAAAAAGAAAAUAAUUUUUCCAAAAUAUUUUAUUUUACGGCUUCUUAAAAUUAUUUUAAGAUUUCUUUCCUUCUCUAAAUAUUUUUUAUUUUAUUCUUUCAAUAUUUCUUUUGUUUUUUCUGUUAAUAAUAAUCAACCUAAAAUGAAUUGUGAUUUGGAAAAAGCUGAAGCUUGUUUUACUCAACUUUUUGAACAAUUACCGAUUUGUUUAGACAAAAAACAUAAUGGAGAGAUUGCUUUUAGAUGUCACCAUUUUAAUGUUUUGGACAUUUGCUUUGGUGAUAAUCAAAUUCGUUGUUUACCAGCAGCUAUUGGUACAGCUGCACGAAUUGCCUAUCAAAAAAGGGUAGAUGGAUGUUUACUUGCUGCUAAAAUUGACGAAGGGAAACCAAUAGAAGAACAAAAAACAGGUCCAGGAAGGCAAGCAGCAGGUCUAUUAGCAUCCCCUUCAGAAUUACAAUUUAUUUCCUUAUUUGGUUAUUUACAAACUCAAUGCCGACCUAGAAGAAGAAUUCAAAAUGAAGGAGGGAAUGAGAGAAGUGGAAAUAGAAGAUCACAUUUCCGUUCAGAACAAUUAAAUAAUCAUUAUAUUAUUGCUAAUUGUUCUGAUUCUUAUAUAGACGAAAUUAUUGGGGAUUGUGAAACUGAAAUGAAGAAAAGACAGCCAUCUCCAUAUAUGGAAUUGGAAAGGCAUAAACUUUUAAGACUUAAACUAGACAUCUCCAGCAAAUUAUUACAAUUCCCAGAGACUAGACCAGAAGAUGAAUGUAUGAUGGUUCGUUCAGUAUUUUCUGAUAUUUUUCUUAUUCAUCAAAGGUUUUGCUUUCAUACAACAGUAACUAGAUGUUUAUGUGAAAGAUAUCAAUUUGAACGAACUUGUGGAAUUCAAUGUGCAAAUUUAGAAGCUUAUGGACUCCCAUUAAAUAGAAAACUUCUUUGGACAGAUUUUCGUGGUUUCCUUAGUGGAUCUGAAAAUAUUAAACGGAAAAAAGUGGAAAUUUUGAUUUUUUUGUUUAUUUCUUUUUAUUUAUGGAUUUUUUGUAUAAUUAAUUAA